AUGCGACGGGCAAAGUCCCUGGGAAUCGACGCGUUCGCCUUGAACAUUGGCGUGGACACGAACACCAACCAGCAGCUAGAAUUGGCCUACGAAUCUGCGGGACAGCACUCGAUGAAGGUCUUUCUUUCGUUCGAUUUCAAUUGGUGGCAAAAUGACCAGGCAUUUGAGAUCGGCGAAGUGAUCGCUCGAUUCGCCACCUGGCCGGCGCAGCUGAUUGUGGACAACAAGACGUUUGCAUCGACGUUCGGAGGAGACGGACUGAAUGUAUCAGCUGCAAAGGAAGCAGCUGGGACUCCAGUUCUUUUUGUUCCCAACCUCCAGGUAGAGCUCGGUCUCGAAGCCGCCGUGGAUGGUCUCUUCAACUGGAUGGCCUGGCCCCACAACGGUAGGAACAAAGCACCCACGCCACACAACAAUGUUUCGGUUGGAGAUGGCGAUCGGGCCUAUGUCAAUGCACUUGCCGGAAGACCCUACAUAGCCCCCGUGUCCCCGUGGUUCUUUACACACUUUGGGCCCGAAGUCUCCUUCAGCAAAAACUGGGUAUUCCCUGCGGACUUGCUGUGGUAUGAACGAUGGUCCGAGAUAUUGGCUCUGCAGCCGCGCUUCGUUGAAAUUGUGAGCUGGAAUGAUUAUGGCGAGUCCCACUAUACGGGCCCAUUGCACACUCUCCACACCGACGAUGGCUCUUCGAAAUGGGUCAAUGACAUGCCCCAUGACGGAUGGUUGGAGAUGGCCAAGCCAUUCAUUGCUGCCUUCAAGGCAGGUGCACCUUCUCCGGAUAAUUACAUCACCUCUGACCAGCUGAUCUACUGGUAUCGCCCGGCGCCGCGCGGUCAGGAUUGCGACUCCACAGACACAUGUAUGGGUCCAGCGAACAACAGUAGCGGGGACUACUUCCUUGGUCGACCAGAUGGCUGGAGAUCUGUGCAGGAUUCUGUAUUCGUGGUCUCAUUGUUGCGUAGCCCAGCCACGAUCCAGAUCAAGUCGGGUGGCAGGCUCCACCGGUAUGAUGCGCCUGCAGGGGCGUUUCCACAAGAAAUGCGAAUGGUUCCUGGAGAGCAAUCCUUUUUAGUUUCCCGCGGUGGAAAGAUCAUUCUUUCCGGGGCAAGUUCAAAAUCAGUCCUCGAGAAUUGCAUUUGUGGUCUAUACAACUUCAACGCUUACGGUAACAUCUUGACCCCUCAAUCUCUGAUCACGAGCUCUGACAUCCAGUUCUAA